AUGAAUGGGCUCACUUUAGCAAGAAAGAUCCUUCAAGUCGAUUAUUUCUGGAUGACUACAGAGAAUGAUAGUUGCAAAUUUGUGCAGAAAUGUCGUAAAUGUCAGGUGCACGGUGAUCUUAUCCGAGUGCCACCUCACGAGCUCAAUGCUAUGAGUUCACCUUGGCCAUUUGUAGCUUGGGGCAUGGAAGUCAUAGGUCCGAUAGAGCCAGCUGCUCCUAAUGGACACAGAUUCAUUUUGGUUGCCAUUGAUUACUUCACCAAGUGGGUGGAAGCGACUUCAUACAAGUCGGUAACCAAGAAAGUUGUAGAUGAUUUUGUUCGCAACAAUUUGAUAUGCAGAACAUCGACUGGAGCUACGCCAUACUUGCUAGGGUAUGGGACAGAAGCAGUCAUACCUGCCGAAGUUGAAAUACCAUCCUUGAGAAUAAUCCAAGAAGCUAAGUUCAGUAAUGCUGAAUGGGAUAGCAAGAGAAUUGAUCAGUUGACCUUGAUCGACGAGAAUAGGAUGGUCGCCGUUUGUCAUGGUCAACUAUAUCAACAGAGAAUGAUUAGUGCUUUUCACAAGAGAGUAAGAGCCAGAUUUUUCAAAGUUGGUCAGUUGGUCCUUAAGCGCAUUUUCCCUCAUCAAGCCGAAUACAAAGGAAAAUUUGCGCCAAAUUGGCAAGGACCCUACAUGGUUCGCAAGGCAUUAUCCGGAGGUGCUUUGGACUUGUUGGAGAUGGAUUGCACCGCAUGGCCGAAACCAAUCAACUCGGAUGCUGUUAAGAGAUACUACGUGUGA